AUGCAGCGUUUCAGGGAAGGCAUCCACAUACGCACCAUGAAGGCCAAGAGGAAAGUGGAAGAGAUUUCCAAAGAGGACGUCAAAACUUUCUUGAAAAAGAACGCCUUUGUUCUCUUCACAGUUGGUGCAGUUGUUGCAGGUAUUAUUCUGGGAUUUGCCUUGCGCCCGUAUAAGAUGUCUUAUCGAGAGGUGAAAUACUUCUCUUUCCCGGGAGAAUUAUUGAUGAGAAUGCUACAGAUGCUUGUCCUACCCUUGCUGAUAUCCAGUCUAAUAACAGGAAUGGCCGCUUUGGACAGCAAAGCCUCAGGGAAGAUGGGCAUGAGAGCUGUGAUUUACUACAUGACCACUACUUUCAUCGCAGUCUUCAUUGGCAUUCUUGUUGUCCUCAUCAUCCACCCAGGAAAGGGGUCUAAAGAUGAAUUUGGAAAACAGCAGAAAAUUGAGCAAGUCAGUCCUGCAGAUGCGUUUUUAGAUCUGAUCAGAAAUAUGUUUCCUCCAAACCUGGUCCAAGCUUGCACACAACAGUAUAAAACCAAAUAUGGAAAGCAAACUGUUCAUAUGACAGUGACAGUGACAGUGAACGACACCCUCUUCAACACCACCAACGGCACCCAGGAGGUGAUGGAGAUGAGCCGAGAGGAAGUGAUUCCAGUGCCCGGUCAGGUGAACGGCGUAAACGCGCUCGGGCUGGUGGUCUUCUCCAUGUGUUUCGGGCUGAUAAUUGGCAACAUGAAAGAACAAGGCCAGCUUCUGAGGGAUUUCUUUGACAGUCUCAAUGAAGCCAUCAUGCGCUUGGUUGCCAUCAUCAUGUGGUAUGCCCCCAUUGGUAUUUUGUUUCUAAUUGCAGGGAAAAUAGUGGAGAUGGAUGAUCUGACCCAGAUGGGGGGCCAGUUGGGGAUGUAUACCAUCACGGUUAUCAUCGGCUUAAUGAUCCACGGCAUUCUAAUUCUGCCCACUCUGUAUUUUGUCAUCACUCGGCAGAACCCUUUCAUUUUCAUUGCUGGUCUUCUACAAGCUCUGGUCACAGCAUUGGGCACCUCCUCCAGCUCUGCCACACUCCCUGUCACCUUCAAAUGUCUUGAGGAGAACAACAAAAUUGACAAGCGAAUCACUCGCUUUAUUUUGCCGGUGGGUGCUACCAUCAACAUGGACGGUACUGCCCUAUACGAGGCUCUGGCAGCUAUUUUUAUUGCUCAAGUCAACAACAUGGAGAUGAACUUCGGUCAAAUAAUCACCAUCAGUAUUACAGCGACUGCGGCGAGUAUUGGUGCGGCUGGCAUCCCACAAGCAGGCCUGGUCACUAUGGUGAUUGUACUGACCUCUGUUGGACUUCCAACUGAUGACAUCACUCUCAUCAUUGCGGUCGAUUGGUUCUUGGACCGUCUGCGUACCACCACCAAUGUUUUGGGGGACUCGAUUGGAGCGGGCAUUGUUGAGUUCCUCUCCCGGCACGAACUAAGCUGCAAAGACGUAGAGAUGGGAAACUCUGUGCUCGAGGAGAAAGAGAGGAAGAAGCCUUACAAGCUCAUCUCACAAAAUAGCGAUUUGGAAAAUAACAGGUGUGGUCACAACGAAUCGAGCAUGUAGUUUACUACUUUGCUCUCUUUAAACGUAACUGGUGAGGCUGAUGCUGUUUAGUUUUUGUGUUUUUUCUACAUUUCGAUUUCACACUGCCUUUGCUUUUUGUCGUGUUUGAAUAAUGACAAAUGACAAACAUUCCUCUUCCAUUCAAAAAGUGAAACAAAUGGAACUUAUUACUUAGUCUCCGAUAGUGGCGGUGGUUUAUUACAUGAAUAAAUGCUCUUUAAUGUAAUUUUAAUGCAAAGAUGGGGUCAGUGUAGCUUUGUGCGCAGCUACAAAACAUUUGAUUGAAGAGGAAGUGAAGGUCUGUAAAAAAUAAACUCCACUUAAAGCUGCUAUGUCAACAGGAAGCAAAUUGAGGACUAUCAGUGUAAGAUUAUGAGACUAUAUUUCUUAUACUUUCACCAACAUUUUUUUCAAAUCACAUUCUUUAGUUUAUGGGAACGCUUAGCAGAGUUUGUCAAGUCUUCUUCUCACAUCUACGGCAGAGUUUUACAUGAAAUGUGUCUGUGAAAGUCUGACUAGGCCAAAUCCCGUGACUCUGUGGUUGCAAGUCAAGGCCGCAACGCUUCAAACCCGAUGGUGGACACCAGAAGUUAAGAUAGCCGUCAAGCUUGGUAAGAAGGAAUUUUAUGCCAUGAUGGCUUGUGGGACUCCUGAAGCAUGUGACAGGUAUUGACAGAUUAAGCGGAGUGUGUGCAGUUGGAGAAAAAAAACUCUGGUGUGAGAGGAGAGUUCAGUUAGGUCAUGGAGCACAAAUUUUGGUCGGCUUGUAAGAGGUAAUACCUCAGGUAAGGCAGUCCCCACAUAGUGAAGGAAGCCUGCUGACCUCAAUUGUAGGGAAUUCUUCUUAAUCCCACAGACACACUUUCUCGAGAGGAAUCAACGUCUGCGGACACAUCUAUUUCUGUGGCUGAGAUAUCUGAGGAAGUCAAAACCUCCACAGUGACAAGAUGCACUGGAUGACAUUGUGUGGAAGUCAGAAAUAGUUGCUCUGGAUUAGCAGACUGGAGUGCCAGUCCCCCUUGCGUCUAACCGUCCGUUAGUUGGACCUUGGGUACAGAAAUGUGUUUUUCAUCCGAGCCAUAAAAACACUGGAUCAGCUCUAGACUAUUGCAAGGUACUGGAGGGUGCAUGGUUGUUUGCCCAACCAGUCCAUAUGUUUUUGUGGAAUUGGAAAAUAUAUUUGACCAUGUCAGGGUGUAUUGUGCAGGGUGCAUCAGGAGUACAGGGUUCAUGUGCCACUCUGUUCUAGUACAACUAGAGCAGGAGUCUAGUUUGCAUUGCCGGCGGUA